GACCAUUAUGAAGGCUCGUUUGAAAGGAGCCCAAACAGGUCGGAACCUCUUGAAGAAAAAAUCUGAUGCUUUGACACUUCGAUUCAGGCAGAUCCUUAAGAAAAUUAUUGAGACUAAGAUGCUGAUGGGUGAGGUGAUGAGAGAAGCUGCCUUUUCACUUGCUGAGGCAAAGUUUACAGCAGGAGAUUUCAGUACCACUGUGAUCCAAAAUGUGAACAAAGCUCAAGUCAAGGUCAGAGCUAAAAAAGACAAUGUAGCAGGUGUAACCUUGCCAGUUUUUGAGCAUUACCAGGAAGGAGGAGACAGCUAUGAGCUGACUGGCUUGGCCAGAGGUGGAGAGCAGCUGGCUAAGCUGAAGAGGAACUAUGCCAAAGCUGUGGAGCUGCUUGUGGAACUUGCCUCCUUACAGACAUCCUUUGUUACUUUGGAUGAAGCCAUUAAAAUAACAAACAGACGUGUGAAUGCAAUUGAACACGUGAUUAUUCCCAGGAUCGAGCGUACUCUUUCUUAUAUCAUCACAGAACUGGAUGAACGAGAACGAGAGGAAUUCUACAGGUUAAAGAAGAUCCAGGAAAAGAAAAAAGUAUUGAAAGAAAAAUCUGAGAAAGAACGGGAGCUGCGGAGGGCUGCUGGUGGAGAACACGAACCAGCCAAUCUCUUAGCAGAAGAGAAGGAUGAAGACCUUCUCUUUGAGUAACCCAGCACAGUUGUUUGCGGAGCAGAGGACCUAGAAUGCAGAACAUCCAUUUGCAAUAUAAAUCAGGACAUGUUGCCUAAAUGAUACUUAUGUGGCUUCUCAGUUGGUGUAUAAUUCUUGAGUUGAAUGGAUCGUGGAUUUCUCCUGGGAGAUUAGAAAUCUGGGAACUUGACUGCAGCAUGGGAGGAAAAUGAGAAAUGAGUCAGGUGCUUUACUGUCUGGAAAGCAGCCUAUUGCGUGUUCAGCCUGUUUCUUCAUUUAGUAGGAAUGACUGUCCUUAGCUGUGUUUUUUCCAGGAUGGCUCUGGAUUUGCCUAAUCAGAUUCCUGUUUAAUUGCUCCCGUUUCUAGUGCAAGCAGAGGAAAAUGUUAUUUAGGGAGAGAGAUGCAUGUAAUGUUCUUCACUGCUGAACUAUCACUGUUCAAGUUGCUUAACCGUGGGUAUUGGCACAGUUGAAGUUAAAUGUCAGUAAAAGAAACUCUAGUUUUCUAACUGGUUGAUGAAAUCCACAGUCUUCUGUGAUUUAUUUUUGUUGCACGAUUGUUACCAUUGGCCUAAAACAUACGUGGUUUUUAUUAGAGGUUCUGCCAACUUGUGUACUGUCUGUGCUAGAAACAAGUAAAACUUUUAAAUGUUAAA